GCGCAGUAGCAAGUAUGGUUUUGUUUGGAGAGAACAUAUUUUCAACCCCCACGUUAAGAAUUUAAAUGAUUAGUCUUAAUGGAGGUAAAUAUAUGUGAUAUAUAUUUUCAGUGACAAAACAACUACUAACCCACCUGCUGUGACGCAGUCGACAGUUUCAAUUCAAUGUCAGGACCUUAAGAAAUCACUAAAGAUGCCGCUCUUUGGGAACACAUUCAGUCCGAAGAAGACUCCACCUCGAAAAUCUGCAUCUCUGUCCAGCCUUCACACGUUGGAUCGCUCAACGAGAGAAAUCGAGCUGGGCCUAGAAUAUGGACCUCCCGUGAUGAACCUUGGAGGUCAGAGUUGGAAAUUUGAAGAGGGACAGUGGAUAUCAGAGUCUGGUGGGAAUGCGUCUGGUAGGGAAGUGCAGCGGCUUAAGAAAAGAAAUGUACAGCUGGAGGAAGAGAACAACCUCCUUAAACUUAAGAUUGAAAUUCUCUUGGACAUGUUGACAGAGACUACCGUCGAGUACCACCUGAUAGAGAAAGAAGUGGAAGAUAUAAAGACUCAACAUCGAAGGAAGAAAUGACUAAUCUGAUCGGAUGCCUUCAUUUUAGGAAACGUUCUUCAUUCACAGAGUUUGAAGUUUGUUGAUGUAAAAAAUAAGUCUUGCUUUGUUUUGUUUUUGUUUGUUUGUUUUUGCUCAUAAAUGCAGAGAUGAAAUGAAGUGCCCAUAAUCUCUGCAUGAUGAGGAUCUUGUGCUGUAGGUCUCUGCCCUGCUUGUAUUUAAUUGGAAAAGCAGGAUCAGAUUUAGUGACUACUUUUAUUUGUUCUGUCUUGCAUUUGUAACUGUAAAUCUGAAACGACUGUGAACAUUGUUGUUCAAUACACUGCAUCAUUUCUACAUCUUUUAUUAUUAGUAUUAGCCAACAUUUUCCUUUUUUAAAGAUUUUUUAUAUUUACUGUAUUUUCUAUUAAGAUUAAAAGUUAAAUUCAUCACA